AUGCCAACCUGCGACCAUUUCUACAAAGACCUCCUGAAAUGCCUCCUCGCCUCCCCCUGCGUCCAACAACACGGCCACUCUCCGCGGGAAUGUCUCUCGCCCGUCCACGACGAGGAGAGCGUCAGUGCCGCAUGUAGGCUGGCGCAGAGGGCUUAUGUGGAGUGUAAGGUGGAUAUUAUGAACCCGAGGAAGAGAUUUAGGGGACCGUAUGGGGGACGACCACCGAAGGAGGCUGAGGAUGAGGAGGAUGCGUAA